UGAGAUCUCCAAGUACCUGGGAGACGGGGACAAGGACGUGUCGGAGGUCAGCGAGGUCAGGGACUGCAUCGUCUCUGACACAUCCCGGCGAGACAAGUACUCCAGUGUCUCGGAGGGGGACAGUCACGUCACCCACACAGACUACAGUAGAACCGCUGAUUCAUUCAGUGGCAGAAGCAGCAGUGGUUCCUAUUCCAGAUCAUCAUCUCGCUCCCACUCUAUGGCUGACACUAUCACGCCGUCUAGCGUGUCGAAAAGACGAUCACCCAGCAGAAGGAGCGUGAGAGAGGCUGCGGUGCAGACCCGACCAGACGGACUGGCCUACACCUGGUCCUCCGGUAUGGCCACCCUGGGGCCAGCGGUGGGGAUGGCCUACGUGGAUCCAACCCCUGUUGCAAGUCACACCGUCAGCGCAGAGGCCGUGGAGGCCCUCAGUGCGUACAGCCCUGCUGUGUUUGCCCUUAACGACAUGCUGAGGCAGCAGCUGGCCCUCACCAAACACUUUGUCCAGACCAGCCGCCACCUCCAUUCCUCCUUGCUGCAGUCUCUGGGCCCUGCAGACUACACCUACACUACUCUGGAGGACACCAAGGAGUUCAUUCGCUGUCACAAGCCUCCCCAGCUGACCAUGGAAGAGGCCUUGGAGGAGGUUCUUCAAGAAAUGAGAGAGUACCACUACAUCUGACUACCAGGAACUGCUCGGACUGCACAUGGUGCUAUUAAAAUAUUUUAUACUAGAGAUUAUUUUUUCUUAAAAAAAACAAUCUAUUAGUUGGGGCAUGUGAGACUGACCUUCAGGACAUCCUUAUGACAAGGUCAUUUACUGAGUGAUGUCAUGUUCUCUAUAGAAUGUACCAUUUUUAUAUUCAGAUCAAUGAGGAUAUGUAAUGCUGUUCAAUUAAAAGAUUGACAGAGAACUUUAAUCAUAUUUUUUUUACACUUAAGUGCUUGUGAAUUUACCUUGAUAUUAAAUGGACCAUAUUUGUGAUGGUU